CGCGGCCCAGCCGAGCGCCGCCGCCUGCCCCGGGCUGAGGCCGCGGCAGAAAAUGGCGGGCGCGGAGGGCGCGGAGGGCGCGGAGGGCGCGGGGCCUGGGCUGGGGGCCGCCGCCGCCGGUUGUGCGUCUCGGAGGUGUAAGGAGGCUGCGGGGCGCCGCGGCCCGGCACCAGGUCGCUUUGCUGUGAUGGCUCCCUCCAUGCAUCCCGCGGAAGAGCAGCCAGGCUCUGAGAGAAAAUACGCCAGGCUACCAAAGCCCUGCAGCCUCCCGGAGCCCGCGGAGAAGGGGCAAGGAGCGCUAGCAAGCUCAGGCUGGAUUGAUGCACCCUGUUCACCUGCUCCGCAAGGAGUCGCGAAUCCAGAGGGAGGGCUGGCUAUGAGGCGCUCGCAUUUUGCAGUUACUUUCCCGAAAGUCCUGCUCUGCUGCCAGAGCUGUCACCCUGAUAUCAGAAGACACUCUGGGUUGAGACAUUCCACAACUGUGACCUGUGCCCUCUGUAGAUUGUGAACAUUUUUAUUUUCAUUGGGAUUUCAUGGUGUUUUUUGGAAGAGUGAGCUCUGACUGGAGUGUCCAGGCUGAAUGCUGUUAGGGUUAUCUUCUAGCUAAUCUCCUGCUGAAGUUUCUUCUAUACUUUCUGUUCUAUAUACUCUGUGCCCUGAACUGUUAAUAUGAACUGUUAAUAUGUGUUCCAUUUCGGAAAUGGUUACAGCAGGAAACAAAAUGUUUGUGGAAAAGUGCUAUAGUAUAUAAAUAUAGGAUUCAGUAGCCAACACUACCAUAAGGUAAAGCAUUAUUUCUAGCUGCUGAGAUGCCUUAGAUAACUCAUGACUUACAGAACAUUUUUCCAGGAACAGUAAUGUUUAAAGUCCCUGAUACUGAGCUUCCAAACUAUUGAAAAUCUUGGUUAGCAGGGUUUUAUUAUUAUUAUUAUUUGUACAGAGAGCAGGAACUCCUUCUGAAAAUAGUUUGCUUAAUGGAACUUUGUUCCAAUACAAACCAGAAUAGACUUCUGCUCUCAGUAAUACUAGUGACAAUUCAGAUCAGCCCUGUGCAAAGUCCAGAUAAUGGAGGGCAAAAUAUACUUCAUUUCCUUCCAUGUUGUGUUCUCUUUUAUCGUUGGCAAUGUUUUAAGGUGUAAAGACUCCAAACUACAACCAUAUUUUUUGUGCUUUUUUUAAACCCCCCCCCCCCGAAAAGUCUUUGCAAUGCCUGCCAGUCCUUGGAUCACGUGACUUCACCAGCCUUUAUCUCCCGCUUUUGAGCCACAGUUUUUCCCUGCUCAUCUGUGUAAUCUCACAUUGUGAUUUGUUCACUUACAUGCUUAUUUUUCUCCUCAAAGAAGAUUUGCUGAAUCAUCAGGGAGGAGGCAAGAGUUCUAGAGGCAGCUGGGGGCCAGUGAUAAAACCACGGCCACAUCCAGUCUUCAGGGUUUGUAGAUGACAACCCUUCAGUUGAAGGCCUGAGUCACAUUCCCUUCCGAGCUAAGAUUGCUGGGGACAUUGGGAUUGAGGAAGUGGGAGGUAGUGCCCUGAAAUGUAAAUUAUUGAUU